AUGGACGGUUUCGCCGGCAGCCUCGAUGAUAGUAUAUCUGCUGCAAGUACUUCUGAUGUUCAAGAUCGCCUCUCAGCUCUUGAGUUACGAGUUCAACAACAAGAAGAUGAAAUCACUGUGCUAAAGGCAGCUUUGGCUGAUGUUUUGAGGCGUCUUGCAAGCUCUGAAGAUCAUGUAGCCUCAGUCAAGAAAUCAGUCCCAAGUAAAGGUCAAACAGGCAUUCGAGAAGCUAUUUCCAUGUCCUGUAUAACCAAUGGGAGUGGUACAAACAGAAAACCAAGUCAUACCAGCUCUGUCUCAGUUGCCAGAAAAGACACUUUUUCAUCUGCUGCUAAAAGUGGUACAGAAAAAAAGAAAGAAAAACCACAAGGACAGAGAGAAAAAAAAGAGGAAUCUCAUUCUAAUGAUCAAAGUCCACAAAUUCGAGCAUCACCUUCUCCCCAGCCCUCUUCACAGCCUCUCCAAAUACACAGACAAACUCCAGAAAGCAAGAAUUCUGCUCCCACCAAAAGCAUAAAAAGACCAUCAACAGCUGAAAAGUCACAUAAUUCCUGGGAAAAUUCAGAUGAUAGUCGUAAUAAAUUAUUGAAGGCAGUAUCAACAUCAAAAAUAAUAUCGAAAGUUAUAAAAAAUACAGACAAGCAUAAAGAUGUCAUCAUCAACCAAGAAGGAGACUAUAUUAAAAUGUUUAUGCGAGGUCGGCCAAUUACAAUGUUUAUUCCUUCUGAUGUUGACAACUAUGAUGACAUCAGAACAGAACUGCCUCCUGAGAAGCUCAAACUGGAGUGGGUAUAUGGUUAUCGAGGAAAGGAUUGUCGAGCUAAUGUUUACCUUCUUCCUACCGGGGAAAUAGUUUAUUUCAUAGCAUCAGUAGUAGUACUAUUUAAUUAUGAGGAGAGAACUCAACGGCACUACCUGGGUCAUACAGACUGUGUGAAAUGCCUUGCUAUACAUCCUGACAAAAUUAGGAUUGCAACUGGACAGAUAGCUGGAGUGGAUAAAGAUGGAAGGCCUCUGCAACCCCAUGUCCGAGUGUGGGAUUCAGUUAGUCUCUCCACACUGCAGAUUAUUGGCCUUGGAACUUUUGAGCGUGGAGUAGGAUGCCUGGAUUUUUCAAAAGCUGAUUCUGGUAUUCACUUAUGUGUUAUUGAUGAUUCCAAUGAGCAUAUGCUUACUGUGUGGGAUUGGCAGAAAAAGUCAAAAGGUGCAGAAAUAAAGACAACAAAUGAAGUUGUUUUGGCUGUAGAGUUCCAUCCAACAGAUGCAAAUACCAUAAUAACAUGUGGUAAAUCUCAUAUUUUUUUCUGGACCUGGAGUGGCAAUUCACUAACAAGAAAACAAGGAAUUUUUGGGAAAUAUGAAAAACCAAAAUUUGUACAGUGUUUAGCAUUUUUGGGGAAUGGAGAUGUUCUUACUGGAGACUCGGGUGGAAUUAUACUUAUAUGGAGCAAAACUACUGUAGAACCCACACCUGGGAAAGGGCCGAAAGGUGUUUAUCAGAUCAGCAAACAAAUCAAAGCUCAUGAUGGCAGUGUAUUCACACUUUGUCAGAUGAGAAAUGGGAUGUUAUUAACCGGAGGAGGAAAAGACAGAAAAAUAAUUCUGUGGGACCAUGAUUUGAAUCCCGAAAGAGAAAUUGAGGUUCCUGAUCAGUAUGGAACAAUCAGAGCUGUUGCAGAAGGAAAGGCAGAUCAAUUUUUAGUAGGCACAUCACGAAAUUUUAUUUUACGGGGAACAUUUAAUGAUGGCUUCCAAAUAGAAGUCCAGGGCCAUACAGAUGAACUUUGGGGUCUUGCCACACAUCCCUUCAAAGAUUUGCUCUUGACAUGUGCUCAGGACAGACAGGUGUGCAUGUGGAACUCAAUGGAACACAGGCUGGAAUGGACCAGACUCGUAGAUGAACCAGGACACUGUGCAGAUUUUCAUCCCAGUGGCACAGUGGUGGCCAUAGGAACGCACUCAGGCAGGUGGUUUGUUCUGGAUGCAGAAACCAGAGAUCUAGUUUCUAUCCACACAGAUGGGAAUGAACAGCUCUCUGUGAUGCGCUACUCAGUAGAUGGCACCUGCCUGGCUGUAGGAUCUCACGACAACUUUAUUUACCUCUAUGUAGUCUCAGAAAAUGGAAGAAAAUAUAGCAGAUCUGGAAAGUGCACUGGACAUUCCAGCUAUAUCACACACCUUGACUGGUCCCCAGACAACAAGUAUAUAAUGUCUAACUCGGGAGACUAUGAAAUAUUGUACUGGAACAUUCCAGGUGGCUGCAAACUAAUCAGGAAUCGAUCAGAGUGUAAGGACAUCGAUUGGACAACAUACACCUGUGUAUUAGGCUUUCACGUCUUUGGUGUCUGGCCAGAAGGAUCUGAUGGGACAGAUAUCAAUGCACUGGUGCGAUCCCACAAUAGGAAGGUGAUAGCUGUUGCUGAUGACUUUUGCAAAGUCCAUCUGUUUCAAUAUCCCUGCUCCAAAGCAAAGGCUCCCAGUCACAAGUACAGUGCCCACAGCAGCCAUGUCACCAAUGUCAGUUUCACUCAUAAUGACAGUCACCUGAUUUCAACUGGUGGAAAAGACAUGAGCAUCAUUCAGUGGAAACUUGUGGAAAAGUUGUCUAUGCCUCAAAACGAGAUUGUAGUGGACACUGCUUUAACCAAAGCCCCCAUCUCUUGCAUUGAAAGUGUCACGCAGUCUGAUACUCCCGCACCACCUCCUUCCCAGCACUUAAGUGAGACAGCUGAAGAAGCAAGUAGAAUAAGCAAUUCUCCCACACUCCUGGAGAACAAUCUGGAACAGAUUGUGGAGCCCAGUGAAGACCACAGUGAGGAGCAGAGCGAAGGGGGCAGUGAAGACCUCGGGGAGCCUGUUGACGAAGAGCCAUCCAAUGAGAUGAGCCAGGAGCAGAGGGAAGCCCCUCAUCCUGAGGACCAGCAAGACCCUCCGCCUCUCUCCUAA